AUGUCUCAAUCUUUAAGGCCAUACUUGAAAUGUGUGCGCUCGUCUCUAACUUCUGCUCUCUGCCUAUCCAAUUUCGCAUCUCAGACCACCGAAAGACAUAACGUGCCUGAAGUUGAGGCAAGAACUUCACCUGAGGUUUUAUUAAAUCCUCUCACAAUUGCGAGGAAUGAAUACGAGCGAGUCCUCAUUGAGCCGAGCUUUAAUAGCGUUCGAAUCAGUAUCAUGAUCAAGCAAGCUGAUGAGAUUGAACAAAUUCUUGUGCACAAGUUCACUAGGUUCCUUACCCAAAGAGCGGAAGCUUUCUUUAUCCUACGAAGAAAGCCAGUUGAGGGAUAUGAUAUCUCUUUCCUCAUAACAAACUUUCAUACGGAAGACAUGUUGAAGCACAAACUUGUUGAUUUUAUCAUUCAGUUUAUGGAGGAAGUUGACAAGGAAAUCUCUGAAAUGAAGCUUUUUCUUAAUGCCCGCGCAAGGUUUAUUGCAGAGUCAUUUUUGACACCAGGUUAUGAAUAUCACGAUGCAUCUCAGUCGUCACCAGCUUGCACACAUGGUACUUACACAACAUAA